UACCUACAGUAGCAUAUCCGUCAUAAACGUUACAUACAGUAUGGAUAACUUCUUCACCAUUUUAUAGACUCGCUCGCUUUGACAGCGUGACUUCAAAUCGCCUAAUCUAAAUGUAUAAAAGGUAUUGUGUGGUAGGUGAAACUCAGUACACCUAUUGAAUCAUCCGUGCCAUAGUCAGCUGAAUUUCAAGAUCAAGGAUUAGGUUUUUGUUAGGAAAACUGGGAUGGAAUCUAUUUGUAUGAAUGUUUGGAAUGGUUUUAGUAACGGUGCUCACGGUUUGUUUAGUUUCGGACAAAAACUUUUGAAGUGAUUCAGGAGGUACUAGUGGAUAUAGUGGAUAGUCAUUCUGUUUUUGAAAAAUUACACGAUGACUGAUAUACCGGGGAAUAAUACUCAGAGUCCUUUGAUGGAGCCGCCAUCAUCAAAUCGCAGAGUGAGCAUCAUCGGCAUUGAUAAUCCGGGUUUUGAAUCGCCUUCUAGAAAUAGAAAAACAUCGGCUACAUCUGAUCACAUAUUGGAGGGGCCUGUACGGAAGAAGAGUUCUAUGGUCAACUCCUUCCAGAAAAAUGAUUAUGAUAGUGGUAAGCACAGUUCUAACGGUGAUGCGCAUAUCAAAAAACAUUCCGUGGCGGAUUCAGUACAUUCAAAAACGAGGUUUUCUGAGAUAGACGAAAAUGAAAACAGGUCUUGGUGGUAUACUUUCUGCAUCAGAUGCAGAUCGGAAGAGUCUCAUCCCUCAUGGCAGCCAACCUUCUGGUCCUCUAUGUGUCCAUAUCCUUUCUGUCCAACCUACAGGCAAUUCUCCAGACUUGUUGCACUGAUUCUGAUAGGAACGCUGUCGUAUUGCGUCUUGUAUGCGAUAGUUGGAGAAACUGCGGCCCCUGGUGGAAAAGUUUAUACCUUAAUCAUCUUAAGUAUAUGCGCACAUCUGGGAGGAUGGUUGAUGAGCCUGACCACGCUGCCAGCCCUGAUAGGGAUGCUGUUUGUCGGACUAAUUUUCCAAAACGUCGGGGUUGUGGAUAUCGAUGAUUCGUAUUCUGAUAUCACGAAGGAGUUGAGAAAUAUAGCGUUGGUUAUCAUCCUCAUACGAGCUGGACUGGACUUGGAUCCGCAUGCAUUGAAAAGACUGAAAUUCACAGUGCUCAAGUUAGGUCUUGGCCCAUGGUUCAUCGAAAUGAUAACUGUAGCAAUUUUUGCGCUUUAUCUACUGGAACUACCGCUGAGUUGGGCGCUUUUACUGGGAUGCAUAGUGGCUGCUGUAUCUCCAGCUGUGGUAGUACCAUGCCUUUUUCGACUCAGAACUAAAGGCUAUGGUGUUGCCAAAGGUAUUCCAACUCUGAUCAUAGCUGUUGCUGGUAUAUGUGACGCUUUAUCAGUGGCUAUUUUCGGGAUUGGAAAGAGCAUAAUGUUCUCAGAUGAUUCUGUCACAUCGCAAAUUCUAAGCGGACCAGUGUCUGUGAUAGGAGGACUAGGCUUUGGAGUCCUAUGGGGAGUUAUAUGUAAUUAUACACCAGAAAAACACGACCCCUUCAUGGUACCCCUCAGAAUUCUGCUCCUAUUGGUUGGAGGAAUGAUUUCAGUUUUCGGCAGUGAUCUCAUUGGGUAUGGGGGCGCUGGUCCAUUGGGUUGCGUGACUGCAGCCUUCAUGGCGAUAUUCUUCUGGUCCAAUCAAGGUUGGGAAAUUGAGGAUAAUCCAGCGGCAACGGCUUUCGAAAUAUUCUGGAUGAUUUUCGAGCCUAUACUUUUUGGGGUCACCGGCACACAGAUCAAAAUCAACGAGUUGGACCCAGAAAUCGUAACGUAUUCUCUAGCGAUACUCAUAGUUGGUGUUUUGAUCAGAAUCGUGCUCACCAUUCUCAUCGGAAUCGGAUGCAAGCUCAACCUGAAAGAGAAGCUGUUCGUGGCCUUGUCCUGGAUGUCGAAGGCUACAGUUCAAGCUGCUCUUGGACCAGUCACACUAGGCAUCGUUGCGGAGGAUUCAGAAGAGCACGAGUAUGCGAAAAAAGUACUUAUGGUCUGCAUUCUCUCGAUACUUCUCACAGCUCCAACCGGUGCCAUUCUCAUCUCACUUGGUGGUCCUCGUCUUCUGACAAAGACCAAGUUUCCCGACGUACCCGAAGGUUGGAGAAGGAGUCACAGACCGUCGAUCAGAGAUAUAAGUAUCAUAGAUGAAGAAGAGGAAAAAAGCGACAUCGAAACAGCGAACAUAGAGAAUUCAAUAAGCUAUAGAGAGAAAAGCGCCGAUGAGAACACAUGAGGCGAAAAAUUCCAAUCAUCGACCUAGUCUUCCAUUUUAUAUUCUACUCGAUUUUCUGUUUAUUGUACGAAAGAUUCUAGAGGAAAUAAGAGAGCAACGUGGGCUGUAAACGAGGACAAUAAAUAAUUAAUUUCGCCAUUCACAUUUCAGAGAUGAAAUGAAAAGACACUCAUAAACUGAAGUAUAUAUUCAUAUGGAAUAAUUUAAGUAAGCAAAACCCAAACUAUGUAAAUAUAGUUCUUAGAGCAAACAUCUGAAAAGGAAUAAUAAAGAGUAAAUUUUUGUA